AACGCAUAGCCUGAAACCCUCCUUUACUUACCUUACUUUUCAGUUCACAAAAUCUCACCUUACUCUACCCUAAUUAGGGUUUGAAAUGUUGUAAAAAUAAUUAUGGAAGUCUCCGAAUCAAAUCCUGUACCAAAUCUUUGUAAUGAUAACACAAACCCUCAAUUAGGGUUGCAAUCUUCUUCUUCUACUACUAUUAAAUCUGAUCUCGAUCGUUCACCCUCUGAUCUUGAUCACACGGCGGAGCUAGUGGAAGAGUGUCAGAAUCUGGAUUUGGGGGACGCCGAAGAGAAGAGUUCAAAUAAAGAAGAGGAGGAAGAAGGCAGCAACAGUGAUGAUAUUAAUAAGAAUGUAAGUGAAGUUGAGGAUGAGAAUGAGAACGAGAACGAGUUUGAGAAUGAAAAUCAGAUAAUAAAAAAGUACCCAUACCCGGUUAGACCAGAUGCAGAAGAUUGCGCAUAUUAUAUGAAGAAUGGAUGUUGCAAAUUUGGAUCUAAUUGCAAGUUUAACCAUCCUGCCCGUAGGAAAAGCCAGGUUGCGAAAGAGAAGGUGAAGGAAACGGAAGAGUUAGCGGAGAAGCCAGGACAGAGCCAGAUAGAAUGCAAGUAUUACCUGAAGACAGGAGGUUGUAAGUUUGGGAAGGCAUGCAGAUUCAGUCACACAAGAGUAAAAUCACCGGUUGUGCCAAUUUUAGAGCUCAAUUUUUUGGGUUUGCCUAUUCGGCCGGGAGAGAAAGAGUGUCCCUUUUACAUGCGUAAUGGCUCCUGCAAGUAUGGAUCUAAUUGCAGAUUUAAUCAUCCUGAUCCCACAGCUGUUGGUGGCUCUGACUCUCCUUCAGGACGUGAUAAUGAUGGAUCCAUCUCCUCUCAAGUUGUGUCACAAACAAGUCUAGGAUCCUGGUCAUCACCAAUGGUUUUAAAUGAGACGCCAUCCUUUGUGCAAAUGAUUUAUCCACCAAGCCAAGUGGCUGCAUCACAAAAGGCUGAAUGGAAUGGUUAUCAGGGUCCUCUAAUUCCACCAGAAAGGAGUAUAAAUCCAACCCCUGCAUAUGCCAUGAAACUGCCAGUGGUAGAAACAAAUGUAUAUACACAUCAACAGCAACAGAUGUUAGCUGAUGAAUUCCCAGAACGACCUGGCCAGCCUGAUUGCAGUUACUUCCUAAAAACUGGGGACUGUAAGUUCAGACACAACUGCAAAUAUCAUCAUCCAAAGAAUCGCACCUCAAAGUCACAACCAUGUGCUCUCAGUGAUAAGGGUUUACCACUAAGACCUGGUCAAAAUAUCUGUUCGCAUUACAGCCGCUACGGCAUUUGCAAGUUUGGCCCCGCUUGUAAAUUUGACCACCCAGUUCAGCUGGCAGUUUCUUCGACUGAAUCUGGAGUUGAUUCACUUGCCCAUUUUGGCAAUUCUGCAACAGUGGAAGAGACAGGAGGGUCUGCAAAUGGAACUGAUAAUCAAAUUCAUCAGCCAGUGUAAAAUAUUUUUUUUGUUUCAAUUCAAGGGCUCUGUCGCGUUUAGGAGGAUUUUUGUUGUCUUUGACAUGGAAAGUUCUUCUGUUUAACCAUUUUAGUUAUGGUGCCACAUGCUUUUCAUAGGGUGGCUCUAGGUAUAUUUAUAUCAUGCUGUGUUACUACUACAAGCCAAAGCGAAUCAGGAUACAUAACUUACAUUUGCUUCAAUGGAGUAUAUCUUAAAUCAA